UCCAUGCUGGGACUUGGCAAUCCUCCUCACCCACUUCUCUCGUUCAUAGAAGAAAAUGAAAUGUUCGAAGAGAAGAAACCUUUAGGCGUUAUCUCCAACGCCAAGAAGAGCAGCAACAUCUCGAGGGACUCUCCCUCAACUUCUUCCAAUUCAUCACCUCCACAGGCUGAAUCAUACACCCAGACCAAAGAUGACCAAGCUACAAUUGUCACAAACUCAGAGUCAUCUGCCAUCCUUCCACUUCACCACCGAGACAUUAGCAACGUCUUACCAAACUCGACUAAGUUAGGAGUGAGCGGUGUGUGUCUGUUCCUGGCACGUUUAUUGGGUUCGGGUCUCACUUUAAACAGCUACGUCGAUCCUUCAUUAGCGGCCUACUCUUUGAACUAUCUCUGUUCACUGUUAAUGUUCGCUGUCCUUACCACUUUCGGAAGCAUCCUUCCGUUGGCCAUAACUUUUCCCAAGGAAAAGCUGCGUGGGCCUGGAAUGUCACAGAUGUCUGACAUGAAAAACAUGUCAAAUAUGAACCGCUUGACGGUCAUGACAAGUACUACAGAAAUGUACGACAGGGCAGAUAUGACAGACAUUGACACAGCAAGCAUAGCAGACACGCUAGGCAUAACGGGUAGACAAAAUAGGAAUAAGAGACAUAGAAGGCAUGAUAGGCAUCAGAGGAACGGCAGGCUGGAAAGGAAUAAAUACGAAUGAUAGAUUACUUAUUCGCAUCAAAAGACGCAGCCACUAAAAAAGUAUUCUUAGUGAAGGAAGCAGUGUAACUUUACCCAUGAGUGGUGCUUUAGUUAGGAACUGCUUGGUAAUUUUCAGUUUCUGGUUCAACGAGACUGGGUGCAACUGUUGUUUUGUAGCUGUUGUCCCUCCUGGGCAGAGUAAGACUACUGGAUAUUGUCCCUUCCCUCUGCUCGCACAAUUGCAAUGAAUGUUACUGUCCCCCCAAAAACGUGGUUUCAUACAUGGAAGGAAUGUACACACUGAAAAGUCAUAUAUUACCUUCCUAGAUUUCAAAUCUUUGCUGAAUCAUACAUUACUUAUCUAACGGGAAGUAAUUUAUCUUCACUGUUUCAAGGGCUUAGAAGUUUAACAAGAAACUUUGUACUAGGCACCCAACAGGGAGGUGUGCUCAGCCUAAUUUUGUUUAAUGAAUUUAUCAAUGCGCUGCUACGCUGAUACCAUUGGGUAUACUAGUCCUCUUUUCAGAGAAAACAAAAAUACUAAAUCGGCGCCCAAGCAAAGUGGGGAGGAACUGAUUCUCCCCAUGACCAAUUAUUUUGUAUGAUUUCAACUGAGUUACCCAGGCGGCCGAAUCUUCAGAAUAGUCAUUAGGAUGGAUUAAAUGGUGAAUUAGUGAGUGACAUGCUGACGGAUUAUAUCGUCAUCACCA